AUGCGCUUGAUAUACGUCGCGGUUCUUGCCGCUUUACUGUCCCUCGCGGCGUCCCAAUCAUCAUUACCCGUAACCGCAGUGGGUGCACCGGAAAUAAAAGCCCAGCCAUGCUGUGAAAGUGUUCGACAAACUCUCAUAGAAAUACGAAAGGAUAUCCGGCUGUGGCUACUCGAUAGGCUGUUCGGAAAAUUGAUUCUUCUUCAUGACGGAGAACUUUUGGGAAACCCAAACUAUGUGAAUUGUGCAAACGGAAAAAACCAAAUUACCGUGCAAGACCAAAGUUCUCAAAUUAUCCACCAAUUAGGUACCAAUCCAAGCCAAUCAAGUGACACGACCACCACAACAUCCACCGAUGAAAAAGAUCUGCUAGGAUCAUUGAGAGACCUCUACAAUGGGGUCACCCAAUCGAGCACCACCAACGGAAGCUCUGGUCUUUCCUCUUCUUCUACAACGACUACAACCACCACAACAUCCAACGAUGAAAGCAAUCAGUCUGCUUCAGAGUCUGAGCCCGUUGUCGAUGCCAGCGAGUCCAACAGCACUGUUGAAGGUGGAGACUCGAAUCAGUCCGCCUCCUCUACAACGACAACAACCACCACAACUUCAGAGUCUGACCCUGUUGUCGAUGCCAGUGAGUCCAGCAGCACUGUUGAAGGUGGAGACUCGAAUCAGUCCGCCUCCUCCUCUACAACGACAGCAACCAUCACAACUUCAGAGUCUGAGCCCAUUGUCGAUGCCAGCGAAUCCAGCAGCAUCUCUGAGCCCAUUGUCGAUGCCAGUGAGUCCAGCAGCACUGUUGAAGGUGGAGACUCGAAUCAGUCCUCCUCCUCUACAACGACAACAACCACCACAACAUCCAACGAUGAAAGCAAUCAGUCUGCUUCAGAGUCUGAGCCCGUUGUCGAUGCCAGUGAGUCCAGCCGCACCGUUGAAGGUGGAGACUCGAAUCAGUCCUCUUCUUCUACAACGACUACAACCACCACAACAUCCAACGAUGAAAGCAAUCAGUCUGCUUCAGAGUCUGAGCCCAUUGUCGCUGCCAGUGAGUCCAGCAGCACCGUUGAAGGUGGAGACUCGAAUCAGUCCUCCUCCUUUACAACGACAACAACCACCACAACUUCAGGGUCUGAGCCCGUUGUCGAUGCCAGCGAGUCCAACAGCACUGUUGAAGGUGGAGACUCGAAUCAGUCCGCCUCCUCUACAACGACAACAACCACCACAACUUCUGAGUCUGACCCUGUUGUCGAUGCCAGUGAGUCCAGCAGCACUGUUGAAGGUGGAGACUCGAAUCAGUCCGCCUCCUCUACAACGACAACAACCACCACAACUUCAGAGUCUGACCCUGUUGUCGAUGCCAGUGAGUCCAGCAGCACUGUUGAAGGUGGAGACUCGAAUCAGUCCUCCUCCUCCUCUACAACGACAACAACCACCACAACUUCAGAGUCUGACCCUAUUGUCGAUGCCAGUGAGUCCAGCAGCACUGUUGAAGGUGGAGACUCGAAUCAGUCUUCCUCCUCCUCUACAACGACAACAACCACCACAACUUCAGAGUCUGACCCUAUUGUCGAUGCCAGUGAGUCCAGCAGCACUGUUGAAGGUGGAGACUCGAAUCAGUCCUCCUCCUCUACAACGACAACAACCACCACAACAUCCAACGAUGAAAGCAAUCAGUUUGCUUCAGACUCUGAGCCCAUUGUCGCUGCCAGUGAGUCCAGCCGCACCGUUGAAGGUGGAGACUCGAAUCAGUCCUCUUCUUCUACAACGACUACAACCACCACAACAUCCAACGAUGAAAGCAAUCAGUCUGCUUCAGAGUCUGAGCCCAUUGUCGCUGCCAGUGAGUCCAGCAGCACCGUUGAAGGUGGAGACUCGAAUCAGUCCGCCUCCUCUACAACGACAACAACCACCACAACUUCUGAGUCUGACCCUGUUGUCGAUGCCAGUGAGUCCAGCAGCACUGUUGAAGGUGGAGACUCGAAUCAGUCCGCCUCCUCUACAACGACAACAACCACCACAACUUCAGAGUCUGACCCUGUUGUCGAUGCCAGUGAGUCCAGCAGCACUGUUGAAGGUGGAGACUCGAAUCAGUCCGCCUCCUCUACAACGACAACAACCACCACAACUUCAGAGUCUGACCCUGUUGUCGAUGCCAGUGAGUCCAGCAGCACUGUUGAAGGUGGAGACUCGAAUCCGUCCGCCUCCUCCUCUACAACGACAACAACCACCACAACUUCAGAGUCUGACACAACUUCAGAGUCUGAUCCCGUUGUCGAUGCCAGCGAGUCCAGCAGCACCGUUGAAGGUGGAGAUUCGAAUCAGUCCUCUUCUUCUACAACGACUACAACCACCACAACAUCCAACGAUGAAAGUAAUCAGUCUGCUUCAGAGUCUGAGCCCAUUGUCGCUGCCAGUGAGUCCAGCAGCACUGUUGAAGGUGGAGACUCGAAUCAGUCCGCCUCCUCUACAACGACAACAACCACCACAACUUCAGAGUCUGACCCUGUUGUCGAUGCCAGUGAGUCCAGCAGCACUGUUGAAGGUGGAGACUCGAAUCAGUCCUCCUCCUCCUCUACAACGACAACAACCACCACAACUUCAGAGUCUGACCCUGUUGUCGAUGCCAGUGAGUCCAGCAGCACUGUUGAAGGUGGAGACUCGAAUCAGUCCUCCUCCUCUACAACGACAACAACCACCACAACUUCAGAGUCUGACCCUGUUGUCGAUGCCAGUGAGUCCAGCAGCACUGUUGAAGGUGGAGACUCGAAUCCGUCCGCCUCCUCCUCUACAACGACAACAACCACCACAACUUCAGAGUCUGAGCCCGUUGUCGAUGCCAGCGAAUCCAGCAGCAUCGUGGAAGGUGGAGACUUGAAUCAGUCCUCUUCCUCUACAACGAACACCACAACUUCAGAGUCUGAUCCCGUUGUCGAUGGCAGCGAGUCCAGCAGCACUGUUGACGGUGGAGACUCGAAUCAGUCCUCCUCCUCUACAACGACAACAACCACCACAACAUCCAACGAUGAAAGCAAUCAGUCUGCUUCAGAGUCUGAGCCCAUUGUCGCUGCCAGUGAGUCCAGCAGCACCGUUGAAGGUGGAGACUCGAAUCAGUCCUCCUCCUCUACAACGACAACAACCACCACAACUUCAGAGUCUGACACAACUUCAGAGUCUGAUCCCGUUGUCGAUGCCAGCGAGUCCAGCAGCACCGUUGAAGGUGGAGAUUCGAAUCAGUCCUCUUCUUCUACAACGACUACAACCACCACAACAUCCAACGAUGAAAGUAAUCAGUCUGCUUCAGAGUCUGAGCCCAUUGUCGCUGCCAGUGAGUCCAACAGCACUGUUGAAGGUGGAGACUCGAAUCAGUCCGCCUCCUCUACAACGACAACAACCACCACAACUUCUGAGUCUGACCCUGUUGUCGAUGCCAGUGAGUCCAGCAGCACUGUUGAAGGUGGAGACUCGAAUCAGUCCGCCUCCUCUACAACGACAACAACCACCACAACUUCAGAGUCUGACCCUGUUGUCGAUGCCAGUGAGUCCAGCAGCACUGUUGAAGGUGGAGACUCGAAUCAGUCCUCCUCCUCCUCUACAACGACAACAACCACCACAACUUCAGAGUCUGACCCUGUUGUCGAUGCCAGUGAGUCCAGCAGCACUGUUGAAGGUGGAGACUCGAAUCAGUCCUCCUCCUCUACAACGACAACAACCACCACAACUUCAGAGUCUGAGCCCGUUGUCGAUGCCAGCGAAUCCAGCAGCAUCGUGGAAGGCGGAGACUUGAAUCAGUCCUCUUCCUUUACAACGAACAGCACAACUUCAGAGUCUGAUCCCGUUGUCGAUGCCAGCGAGUCCAGCAGCACUGUUGAAGGUGGAGACUCGAAUCAGUCCUCCUCAUCUACAACGACAACAACCACCACAACAUCCAACGAUGAAAGCAAUCAGUCUGCUUUAGAGUCUGAGCCCAUUGUCGCUGCCAGUGAGUCCAGCAGCACCGUUGAAGGUGGAGACUCGAAACAGUCCUCCUCCUCUACAACGACAACAACCACCACAACAUCCAACGAUGAAAGCAAUCAGUUUGCUUCAGAGUCUGAGCCCAUUGUCGCUGCCAGUGAGUCCAGCCGCACCGUUGAAGGUGGAGACUCGAAUCAGUCCUCUUCUUCUACAACGACUACAACCACCACAACAUCCAACGAUGAAAGCAAUCAGUCUGCUUCAGAGCCUGAGCCCAUUGUCGCUGCCAGUGAGUCCAGCAGCACCGUUGAAGGUGGAGACUCGAAUCAGUCCUCCUCCUUUACAACGACAACAACCACCACAACUUCAGGGUCUGAGCCCGUUGUCGAUGCCAGCGAGUCCAACAGCACUGUUGAAGGUGGAGACUCGAAUCAGUCCGCCUCCUCUACAACGACAACAACCACCACAACUUCUGAGUCUGACCCUGUUGUCGAUGCCAGUGAGUCCAGCAGCACUGUUGAAGGUGGAGACUCGAAUCAGUCCGCCUCCUCCUCUACAACGACAACAACCACCACAACUUCACAGUCUGACCCUGUUGUCGAUGCUAGUGAGUCCAGCAGCACUGUUGAAGGUGGAGACUCGAAUCAGUCCUCCUCCUCUACAACGACAACAACCACCACAUCUUCAGAGUCUGAGCCCGUUGUCGAUGCCAGCGAGUCCAGCAUUACCGUUGAAGGUGGAGACUCGAAUCAGUCCGCCUCCUCCUCUACAACGACAACAACCACCAGCACUUCAGAGUCUGACCCUGUUGUCGAUGCCAGUGAGUCCAGCAGCACUGUUGAAGGUGGAGACUCGAAUCAGUCCGCCUCCUCCUCUACAACGACAACAACCACCAGCACUUCAGAGUCUGACCCUGUUGUCGAUGCCAGUGAGUCCAGCAGCACUGUUGAAGGUGGAGACUCGAAUCAGUCCUCCUCCUCUACAACGACAACAACCACCACAACUUCAGAGUCUGUGCCCGUUGUCGAUGCCAGCGAAUCCAGCAGCAUCGUGGAAGGUGGAGACUUGAAUCAGUCCUCUUCCUCUACAACGAACACUACAACUUCAGAGUCUGAUCCCGUUGUCGAUGCCAGCGAGUCCAGCAGCACCGUUGAUGGUGGAGAUUCGAAUCAGUCCUCCUCCUCUACAACGACAACAACCACCACAACUUCAGAGUCUGAGCCCGUUGUCGAUGCCAGCGAGUCCAGCACCACCGUUGAAGGUGGAGACUCGAAUCAGUCCUCCUCCUCUACAACGACAACAACCACCACAACUUCAGAGUCUGAGCCCGUUGUCGAUGCCAGCGAAUCCAGCAGCAUCGUGGAAGGUGGAGACUUGAAUCAGUCCUCUUCCUCUACAACGAACACCACAACUUCAGAGUCUGAUCCCGUUGUCGAUGCCAGCGAGUCCAGCAGCACUGUUGAAGGUGGAGACUCGAAUCAGUCCUCCUCCUCUACAACGACAACAACCACCACAACUUCAGAGUCUGAGCCCGUUGUCGAUGCCAGCGAAUCCAGCAGCAUCUCUGACCCUGUUGUCGAUGCCAGUGAGUCCAGCAGCACUGUUGAAGGUGGAGACUCGAAUCAGUCCGCCUCCUCCUCUACAACGACAACAACCACCACAACUUCACAGUCUGACCCUGUUGUCGAUGCCAGUGAGUCCAGCAGCACUGUUGAAGGUGGAGACUCGAAUCAGUCCUCCUCCUCUACAACGACAACAACCACCACAACUUCAGAGUCUGAGCCCGUUGUCGAUGCCAGCGAAUCCAGCAGCAUCGUGGAAGGUGGAGACUUGAAUCAGUCCUCUUCCUCUACAACGAACACCACAACUUCAGAGUCUGAUCCCGUUGUCGAUGCCAGCGAGUCCAGCAGCACUGUUGAAGGUGGAGACUCGAAUCAGUCCUCCUCCUCUACAACGACAACAACCACCACAGCUUCAGAGUCUGAGCCCGUUGUCGAUGCCAGCGAAUCCAGCAGCAUCUCUGAUCCCGUUGUCGAUGCCAGCGAAUCCAGCAGCAUCGUGGAAGGUGGAGACUUGAAUCAGUCCUCUUCCUCUACAACGAACACCACAACUUCAGAGUCUGAUCCCGUUGUCGAUGCCAGCGAGUCCAGCAGCACUGUUGAAGGUGGAGACUCGAAUCAGUCCUCUUCCUCUACAACGACAACAACCACCACAACUUCAGAGUCUGAUCCCGUUGUCGAUGCCAGCGAGUCCAGCAGCACUGUUGAAGGUGGAGACUCGAAUCAGUCCUCCUCAUCUACAACGACAACAACCACCACAACAUCCAACGAUGAAAGCAAUCAGUCUGCUUCAGAGUCUGAGCCCAUUGUCGCUGCCAGUGAGUCCAGCAGCACCGUUGAAGGUGGAGAUUCGAAUCAGUCCUCCUCCUCUACAACGACAACAACCACCACAACUUCAGAGUCUGAGCCCGUUGUCGAUGCCAGCGAGUCCAACAGCACUGUUGAAGGUGGAGACUCGAAUCAGUCCGCCUCCUCCUCUACAACGACAACAACCACCAGCACUUCAGAGUCUGACCCUGUUGUCGAUGCCAGUGAGUCCAGCAGCACUGUUGAAGGUGGAGACUCGAAUCAGUCCUCCUCCUCUACAACGACAACAACCACCACAACUUCAGACUCUGAGCCCGUUGUCGAUGCCAGCGAAUCCAGCAGCAUCGUGGAAGGUGGAGACUUGAAUCAGUCCUCUUCCUCUACAACGAACACCACAACUUCAGAGUCUGAUCCCGUUGUCGAUGCCAGCGAGUCCAGCAGCACUGUUGAAGGUGGAGACUCGAAUCAGUCCUCCUCCUCUACAACGACAACAACCACCACAACUUCAGAGUCUGAGCCCGUUGUCGAUGGCAGCGAAUCCAGCAGCAUCGUGGAAGGUGGAGACUUGAAUCAGUCCUCUUCCUCUACAACGAACACUACAACUUCAGAGUCUGAUCCCGUUGUCAAUGCCAGCGAGUCCAGCAGCACCGUUGAUGGUGGAGAUUCGAAUCAGUCCUCCUCCUCUACAACGACAACAACCACCACAACUUCAGAGUCUGAGCCCGUUGUCGAUGCCAGCGAGUCCAGCACCACCGUUAAAGGUGGAGACUCGAAUCAGUCCUCCUCCUCUACAACGACAACAACCACCACAACUUCAGAGUCUGAGCCCGUUGUCGAUGCCAGCGAGUCCAACAGCACUGUUGAAGGUGGAGACUCGAAUCAGUCCGCCUCCUCCUCUACAACGACAACAACCACCACAACUUCAGAGUCUGACCCUGUUGUCGAUGCCAGUGAGUCCAGCAGCACUGUUGAAGGUGGAGACUCGAAUCAGUCCUCCUCCUCUACAACGGACACAACCACCACAACUUCAGAGUCUGAGCCCGUUGUCGAUGCCAGCGAAUCCAGCAGCAUCGCGGAAGGUGGAGACUUGAAUCAGUCCUCUUCCUCUACAACGAACACUACAACUUCAGAGUCUGAUCCCGUUGUCGAUGCCAGCGAGUCCAGCAGCACCGUUGAUGGUGGAAAUUCGAAUCAGUCCUCCUCCUCUACAACGACAACAACCACCACAACUUCAGAGUCUGAGCCCGUUGUCGAUGCCAGCGAGUCCAGCACCACCGUUGAAGGUGGAGACUCGAAUCAGUCCUCUUCUUCUACAACGACUACAACCACCACAACAUCCAACGAUGAAAGCAAUCAGUCUGCUUCAGAGUCUGAGCCCGUUGUCGAUGCCAGUGAGUCCAGCAGCACCGUUGAAGGUGGAGAUUCGAAUCAGUCCUCCUCCGUUGAUGGUGGAGAUUCGAAUCAGUCCUCCUCCUCUACAACGACAACAACCACCACAACUUCAGAGUCUGAGCCCGUUGUCGAUGCCAGCGAGUCCAACAGCACUGUUGAAGGUGGAGACUCGAAUCAGUCCUCUUCUUCUACGACAACAACUACCUCCACAUCCAAUGAUGAAAAGUCAAGCUCCUCGUCUGACCCCGUUGUCUAUAGUCGCACAAGUAAAAAGGGUGGAAGCUCAAGUCAGUCCUCUUCCACCACGACAACAAGCACAACAUCUUCCAGUGGAAAUACUCCGACAAGCUCCUCGUCGAAGCCAGUUGUUAAUGUGAGCCAAUCAAGCUCCACAAAGGGUAACGGAGGUUCGAAGAAGUCUUCUUCAACUAAAACAACCACCAUAACAACAUCAAUCAAUGGCAAACCUGUUGUAGAUGCCAGUCAGGGAAGCACUGUUGUUAAUGGUGGAAAAUCAAGCUCGACGUCGAGCAAAACUACAAAGACGUAUACUUCGAGCUCUUCGAGGAUUCCUGAGAAGAACAGAAAAUCAAGCACAACCACAAGCAAAACUACCAAGACCUAUUCCUCUAGCUCAUCAGGUGUUCCCAAGGCACUUAAAGAGUCAUCGUCAAGCGAAAGUGCACCCACAUCUUUGUCGGAUGUGCCAAAGUCGAAUGGAAAGAAUCAAGUUCCGGCGAUGAAACAUCAGAUCAAGCUGGCUCACUGCAAGGCUCCGGACAAUACCCCGGGCAAUACUGGUGGGGAGGAAACAGACGUUGGGUUGGAGCCCGACCUAAUUGGCGGUACGGCUGGCGUCCAUAUGGAAGCGGUUGGGGUGGAUGGAACAAUCGUUAUCAAAAGUCGUGGACCGCAUAAAUGGGGUUAG